GGAUUGCUGCCGUCGGCGACCUGUCGUUUCUGCGUCUGGCCGGUGCCAGGGGAGUUACUGGACGUCGCAGCUCAAGCGCUGGUAAGAGCCUCACGAGCCGCAGUCGGGCUGACCUGCUACGGGGAGGCUGAGUUUCGAGUCUCGACGAGGCUGUCGAGAGGGCAGUUGAGUCGGCAAGAGAGGAUACGAUGUGACGGAGUGUUUGGUCGUCGGUGAAUCGGGAAACGUGUACGUGUACGUGUAUCGUGAUCGCUCCCGGUCUCUAAGUCUCUAUCUCUCUCUAUAUGGCCGGCUUGGCUGUGGGCGUUCUAACAGUGUCGUUCUAUCUCUCCCUCUGUCUUGUACGAUAUUCUUUCUUUCUCUUGUUCUCUUCUCUCUACUCUAAACGGAGCGUUUCGUCGGGUUUAAGGCGAUGGCAAAACGGCGCAACGUCUCGAGACGGCUUUGCACUGCUGGUGGGGGGAAACAGUGUCAGGAUUCGGACGGGUAUCGAAAGGGCCCCCCUGGCUCUGGAGGGCGAUGCUCGUCAGCGCAGUUUUACUGUUGCGAUCUGCCGGUCGGAUAUUAUGCAGUCGGUGUGCGGGGAUGGUGUUAACGAGUUGCACGCCGAGGCUGCAGAGGCAGCAGGAUCAGGAGGUAAAGGGGCAAGGGAAGAAGAGGAAGAGUUAAGAGGCUGUCCUGACAAAGAGUUGGAGAUGGGACAGGCUCGACUCGACUGUUAUGGGGUACUGCCGGGGACGGUACCGGCUGCUGGGCGCAGUGGUGUGCAGAUACUCGGGCUCAGGUACCAAUGAGCAAUUGAGGGCACGUUAGUACAAGUACGAGUACAGUAUCAGGCCCUUUGGAGGCAUCAGUUGAUCUACAGGCUCUGGGGGGCUGCUAAUUGGGACGAUUGGGGGGGCCACAGGCGCUCAGGGCGGCUUAGCGCGG